ACCCACCCACAACAGCUGGAGAAUCUCAGAGACACGGUCUAGGAGGAAGAUGGUGGUAGCGUAUACGGUUGACUUUCCUUUUCACGGAUAGACCGAGGAACACUCCCCGGGGCACAAGCACUCCCGACCCGCGAAGAGUGGAGCUGUACCCUGGUCAAAAAAACAGAGCCGAUACCACCAGCACUGAACGGAAGAGGACAAAAGCUCACGGUAGUGCUGUCGGGAAUAGAACAGGCAUGCCACCCCCAGACCUGAGGAAUUCAUGGAGAUAAGACAGCGCCGUUGGGGGAAGACUCCUUGUAGAUAAUGGAAUAAGGGAAACAGGAUCAAGGGUAUCGUCGCUCUGGGGAUAUAAGGUCCUCUGGGGGGAGAGGAGGAAACCGAGUCUGUGCUCCACCACCACCACCACCACCAACACCACCACCACCAUCCAGAAGUAAACCCAACCGGGUCCCUGCUCUGUUAACGCAGGAAAUACGGCCUGGGAAAAGUUUGGGAGCUUUUGGAGGCAGAGAGGGGGGCUAUCGCUGACGUUUUGUACGCGUUAAAAGCAUUCAACUUCGAGCAGAAGGACACCUUUAGUAGCUGGCACUUCAUAUUAUUUAUCCCCGUCCUUCAACAGGCAUAUAACGCGAAGGAAUCCAUCCGGACGUGAGAUAUGAUUCGAGUUGUUGUUCAAUGAGUUUUUUUUUAUUUGAUCAACACUAUUUAUAGACUAGCCCUUUCCGACUGGGCUGUUCUGGUGUUGUUUUGCCAACUCCUGUGCGCAACAAGUUGGAUAUAGCAGCUCACAGAAGCCAACUUAUUGGGAUAAAAACAGCUUGUUUUUUGUUUUUUCGCACCAUUUGCUCUUCCACCUCGUCCUUCCACCCUCUUGCAAAUCGAAACGGGAAGGAAUAAAGGGCUGGAGUCUCGGAGAGGGAUUUCAGGAAAGGACGGGGCUGUGUUGGUGGGAACAGGCCGCGGACGUCCACUCACACUUUGGAUUUCUUCCACUGACAGGGCCUAGUCAGGGUUGAAUGUGGAUUAUUUAGACCGACGAGCUCUCAGUGCUGUCCGGGUGUCUAACGUGAAUGCGGUGUUUUGUUUCUCUGUGGAAAGUGUUUUCUUGGAGUACAUUGCAGCAUGUCCCUGGGCUUGAGGGCGUUAUUCGAGGGGGGGAAAUGAAACUACCAUUGACUAUUUGACGCGUGUGGUUUGAUGAGAUAAGAGGGACCCUGUUUGAAACUGUUCCUUUCGGCAAGUCGGGGGGGAUGUAGUCGAAGACACUAACAACCGCUGUCAACACUUUGCACAAUUAACAACUUUGGGGACAUCAUGAAGCCAUGGACUUGAACAGUGUUUUUAUUCUCAAACAACUAUUUUCCAGCCAGGCAUAUAUCUUGCAAGUUGCAAUGAGGGAAGACAGUCAAUAAUAUCAAUGAGCUUUGGAUGUUAAAACCCAGUGUUUUGUCAAGAAAAAUGUCCAACGUCGGAGCAGGAAAAAAGGCUGACUACUCGUAUCGCGUUAGCAGAGGAACGCGGGAUUCGACUGGACAGCUCACGAGCCUCCGGAGGGACUCGAGCAUGGAAUGUGAGUACUGACGUAACGCCGUGCUCGGAUCAUGAACUGCUCGGGAAUCUGGAACAGGCAGUUUUAUAUGAGUGAGUGUGCAGGCUACCAUUUACGUAGUCAAGACGUCCGUGCCUUGCGUACGACUCACGCACUUUGAUUAUUCAAACAAACACAUUGGCUCUCCCCCACCACAACCCCUUCUACCCCGUUACACACCACCGCGCUCCCAGUUCCUCCUCACCUUGACAGAUGUGCCCAUGCGGCGACCACACGUCCAGUCUAAUAAGCUGAGCGCCAUCUUUUAUCACUGACCCUAUUUUCGUAUUUUCAACCCGCGUGCCACUGGACGUCAUGGCCACUUUGCAACAUCACAGACGGCUUCCCAUUCAUGGCACCGAGGUCCGCUGCGAGCCGAAAUACGAGGGGGCUGUGACCGUGCGGAUUGCCAACCAUGCGUCACAGCCGCAUCAACAGGAGACUGUUAAGGUUGCCAACAGUGGCGGCGGAGCGGGAGGAGGCUCCGGCGCGGUCAAUAAAGUGAACCCCAUCCUUCAUAAGUACAGCAUUUCCUCAAGCUGCAGUUCCGGGGAAUCUGGGACGAGACCCAAGUUCAUGACCACUUUGAGGAGAUGGAGAACGUUGCCGCCCCUGUUUGAGCGCUCGGCAGCCCAGUGCUGGGACCCCAAGUUUGACUCCUCCAUCCUGGAAGAGGCUUGCCGAGAGCGGUGCUUCCCCCAGACCCAGCGCCGCUUCCGCUAUGUCCUCUUCUACCUGGCGGUAGCCGCCGCCCUCUGGGGGGUGUACUUUGCGGUGAACAACGACCGCUGUGACACCAUGACGUACCUGGCCCCCACGGCCGCCUUCCUCCUGCUGCUCUGCCUCCUCUUCUUCUUCACCCUCACCUACCUGUACACGCGCGUGUACUCCGGCACCUCCCUGCUCCUCAUCGUCAUCACCUUCGCCUUCACCCUCGCCCCCCAGAUGGAGACGGCCCGAUACUUUGACCUGGAGUGGGGGGAGGGCGGAGGCGGGAACGCCACCCAUCCUCCGCCGCCACCGCGUACCCUGACCUCCGCGCAGGCGCCGUGCAUCUCCCCGGUGGGCACCUUCUCCCUGUGCAUGGAGGUCCUGCUGCUGCUGUACAGCGUGCUGCACGUGCGCCUGUACGCCUCGGUGCUGCUGGGCCUGCUGUACUCGGUGCUGUUCGAGGUCCUGGGGCUGCUGCUGCUGCUGCUCCGGAGGACCCCCGACGUCGGGGCGGCGGCGGCGGCGGCGGGCGCCGGCCCGGCGUCGGACUGGGACACCCUGCGCUGGCUGGUCCCCGGCAAGGCGCUGCUGCACCUGUGCGCCCACGUCAUCGGCAUCCACCUGUUCAUCAUGUCGGAGGUGCGCUCGCGCACCACCUUCCGGAAGGUGGGGCACGCCAUCAUGCACGGCAAGGAGCUGGAGGUGGAGAAGGCGCUGAAGGAGCGCAUGAUCCACUCGGUGAUGCCGCGCCGCGUGGCCGACGAGCUGAUGAAGCAGGGCGACGACGAGGGGGGCGGCGGCGGCGGCGGGGAGAACGCGGGCAAGCGCUACUCGGCCGGCGCCUGCUCCACCUCGGCCGUGAUGGUGGGCGGCGGAGGGGUCGGAGGGGGGCCCCCCGGGGCCGGCGGCGGCGGCGGCGCCACCAGCCCCAAGAACCACUACCACAAGCGCAAGAAAACGUCCAUCCCGCGCGGGCAGAUCAUCUUCCGGCCGUUCAACAUGAAGCGCAUGGAGCCGGUCAGCAUCCUGUUCGCCGACAUCGUGGGCUUCACCAAGAUGUCGGCCAACAAGUCGGCGCACGUGCUGGUGGACCUGCUCAACGACCUGUUCGGCCGCUUCGACCGGCUGUGCGAGCUGACCUGCUGCGAGAAGAUCAGCACGCUGGGGGACUGCUACUACUGCGUGGCGGGCUGCCCCGAACCCCGGGAGGACCACGCCUACUGCUGCGUGGAGAUGGGCCUGGGCAUGAUCCAGGCCAUCGAGCAGUUCUGCCAGGAGACCCGCGAGACGGUGGACAUGCGGGUGGGCGUGCACACGGGCACGGUGCUGUGCGGCAUACUGGGCAUCAAGCGCUUCAAGUUCGACGUGUGGUCCAACGACGUGAACCUGGCCAACCUGAUGGAGCAGCUCGGCGUGGCCGGCAAGGUGCACCUGUCGGAGGCCACGGCCCGCUUCCUGGACGACCGGUACCAGCGGGAGGACGGGCAGGUGGCGGAGAGGGCGGGGCAGACGGUGAUGGAGAAGCUCAAGGGACUGAAGACCUACCUGAUCUCAGGACGGAGGCCGGGCGCCCCCUGCGGCUGCUGGCCAGACAGCCAGCCGGGGGCCUGCGCUGGGCCCCACACCCCCCCGGACCUCCUGGCGCGGGGCGGGGCCGAGCCCCCGCCGACCCACGGCCGCCCAGACAGAACCCCAGGGCCGGCCAGGGGCUCCUCUAGCACCGGGCUGUGCCCUGCAGGAGAGAUCGGUGACGAGGCACCCCUCAACGGCUGCCAGGGGGAGCACAAGAUGGGUAGUGCCGAGUUCAGCCCAGCCUGCCACGGCCCCCGGGCUGCCAACGGGCUGCUGAGCCCCCUCUCCCUGGAGGGCGUGGUGCGAGCCAGCCGGACGUCCCUGUGCGACACGCUCCAGGAGAGGGAGAAGCAGACGGGCGCGGGGACCAGCGGCACGGCGGCCUUGGACCACUCUGCCCUCCUGCUCCGGGCCGAACAGCCGGGGGAGAAGAGCGACGCCCACUUUGUGGAGGUCAUCCGCGAGGACAGUUUGAUGAAAGACUACUUUUUCAAGCCUCCCAUCAACAAGAUCAGCCUCAAUUUCCUAGCGAGACCCCUGGAAAACGCCUAUCGCAGUAGCUACCAGAAAGAGGUGAAGACCCAGGUGCGCGUGCAGACCUUCGCCUCCACCACCUUCAGCUCCUUCCUGGACGUGCUGCUGAGCUGCUUCGUGUUCCUGGCUCUGACCCUGGCCUGCUUCCUGCCCGUGCUGGUGGGCUCGGCCCCCGCCGCCCCCGCCGCCCUGGCCCUGUCCCCCCUGGCCGGGCUGCUGGAGCUGGCCUCCCUGGUGCUGUCCAUACGGAUGGUCUUCUACCUGGACUCUGUGAUGCGCUGUACCCGCACCCUGCUCAAGGUGGUCUCCGGCUGGAUCCCUCGCCACGUGGUGGGGGCCGUCCUGGUCUCGCUGCCGGCCGUCUCCGUCUUCUCCCACUUCCCCUGCACCGAACGCCUGCCCCUCCAGGUGACCAUGUUUCUCUGCUGUGCCACUAUCCUGGCCAUCAUCCAGUACUGUAACUUCUGCCAGCUCAGUUUCUGGAUGCGCUCGCUCCUUGCCACCUCCACCGGAGCCGUGCUGCUGCUGCUCCUCUAUAGCCCCCUCCGAAGGCCUGGGACCGGUAAUAACAGCUGGCCGACUCUUGGGGGAAACCUCACAGCACUGAGUGAGGCGGACUCAGCCCAGGCCGCCCCAGACCCAGCUCCUGAUCCGGGCCUGAGUCCGCUCGACUUCCUGCUCCAUGAGGCCAUCUUGGCCUUCUUCCUGCUGCUGCUCCUGGUCUGGUUCCUCAACCGGGAGUUUGAGGUCAGCUACCGGCUCCAUUACCACGGUAAUGUGGAGGCUGACAAGCAUCAAUUAAAUAUCCAGAACAUGCGUGACCAGGCUGAAUGGUUGCUGGGCAACAUCAUCCCCAUCCACGUUGCCGAGCAACUCAAGCUGACCCAGAGCUACUCCAAAAACCACGACAACGUGGGGGUGAUCUUCGCCAGCAUCGUCAACUUCAGCGAGUUCUACGAGGAGAGCUACGAGGGCGGCAAAGAGUGCUACCGUGUCCUGAACGAGCUGAUCGGGGACUUCGACGAACUCCUCCGCAAGAGCGAGUUCGCCAACGUGGAGAAGAUCAAGACCAUCGGCGCCACCUACAUGGCAGCCUCGGGCCUCAACGUGCAGCAGGUGGCGGAGAGCGAGGACGCCCACCCGCACGCCCACGUCCGGGCGCUCUUCCAUUUCGCCCUGGAGAUGAUGGGGGUGCUGGACGACUUCAACAAGAACAUGCUGGGCUUCGGCUUCAAGCUGCGCAUCGGCUUCAACCACGGGCCGCUCACGGCGGGGGUGAUCGGCACCACCAAGCUGCUCUACGACAUCUGGGGCGACACGGUGAACAUCGCCAGCCGCAUGGACUCCACCGGGCUGGAGUGCCAGGUGCAGGUGAGCGAGGAGAGCCACGGGGUGCUCCACUCCAUGGGCAUGGAGUUUGACUACAGGGGUACCGUGAACGUGAAGGGCAAGGGUCAAAUGCGGACCUUCCUGUACCCCAAAAGGGAAGGGGGCGACAGCCGGCCAGGGAGCCAGGGAAAGCUCGGGGCCGGCGGGAUUGCGAUCGCCGGCGGACCUUCUCCCACUGCGGACGCAACGGAUCGGCGUUCAGAGUCUGUCGUCGAGGCGACAGGGCCACACCCUGGCCACGCUGAGCCCAAGGAGGCAAGGGAAGAGGGGUAUAGGGACGCAGCACACCCUCCUGGGCCUUCCCCCCUUCAGGGUCCUACCCCCCCGAGCCCGGCCGCACUACAGCCAGAACAUUGUGCCCCACAAGUGCCCUUCAUGGUCCAGGCACUUCAAGAGGCGAAGGGUGAAGAGGAAGAGGCCGAUGAGCUCACAAAUCUGAACGAAGAGUUCUAUUCACGCCUCUGAUCCAAGCCCCCUCCCCCCACCCCCCCCUGCCCUCCCUACUGCCCUCCAAAGUCCUGUCUUAGGACCGGACAGCCUAGGUGCCGUUGUAUGGGCAGGGCAUUUCUACAUUAAAACAUUGGUUUAUGUUUUGUUGCUAUAUUUUUUCACAAAAGAAGAGAGUAUAUUGAUCUUAUUGGUGGGAUGUUGUCCCUCGUCGGUUUGAAAGCAAACCUUAGCUAGAGUAAUGAAAAUAAGUGCUACUAACCUUUUUUUCCAGUGGAAUGUGACUUGCCGCUGUGUUGAACACAGACAAAUAAACGACAGAUAUGUCUGAAAGAGAUGGGGGGAGGGGGGGGGGGGGGUUAGAAGGAAGUACUUUUUGCUAUUCUACUUUUUCUUUUGUCAUUAAGUGCCUUUCAGAACAAGAACCAUGGACUCAUCUAACAUGACUAUUGAGCAAACGAAGAAAAAUACAUCCGGGCCAAUCCCCUUAAAGAUGUAAAGUAAAAUGCUGUGGUCUCUUAAACCAUAAGUUUAAUUUUUUUUUUCAAUGAAACGUUUGUUAAAAUGUAUAAUCUUACCAUAUUCGUUUGUUUUUUUUACUUGAUUGAAGUUUUUACUUGACCUAAGGGAAAAGAAUGAGAUUCUAUAAGAAAGUGCCAUUAGUGUGUGAGUAGGUAACGCAGGGAAUUCAAGGGAGAAUAAGGGAAAUCACAACAAGCAGUGUUAUUUAUGUCAUUCUGUUUUUGACACGAGAGAUUGAUACAGUAUUCACUUGUGCCACAGUCUCGAAAGCAAAGGGACGUACUAAAUAGGGCUCUGUACAUUUUUGCUUCUACGCAUCUAAAUGCACAUUUGCGCACAGGCCUUGCACAAACAGUGUUUUCUACGACCACUUGUUAUUUAGUAGUCGCUACAAUUAAGGCAAGCUUUUCCAUGUCUAAUGCAGCAAAUGCGCUCAGUAGCACAAGAUCAAAACUAGAUAAGGGAAUGUAAGGAUAAGAAAGUAAUUUCCAAAGGUGAUUUCAUCAUGAAAAGCCCCAAGGCACUUUAAAGACUGUUUAAAUGAAAUGGUAAGUGACAAUCGAUGAGCAGGACUGAUCACAGGCCGGACUGCAUACCAGGACAGCCUCCAUCACAGUUGGACACAGAGCACAGAAUAGAUUAUAAAUAUGGAGUUCACAUCAAGGGUUGCUUUGUGCUGUGUCUGAACCGAGUCCUGGCUACAUGUUUAGAAUUUUGACACCUUUGCUGGUAAAACAAAAAAUAGAUUUAAUCAAUUACUGAUCAUUAUCUGCCUAUAUAUGUGUACUUUGCUUUUGUGUGCAUGUGUGUGUGUGCUUGUGUGUGAGUGUGUGUUGAGUUUUCCUCAGUCACAGCCUUCUCCAUCAAUGCUGUAUCAAUAUACUUUGAAUGUGCCACUUUAAUUGAAUGAUUUAAUGGUGCAAUGCAUCAUAUCAUGUACUUUUGAUGUUUUUUUUUUUUUUUUUUUUUUCAUAUUCUUGCAUAUUUUAUAUAACUUGUGACACUAUGGGGGUAGAUUAUGAUUGUAUGAGUAAAUGUUGCAGCCUGUGCGGUCUUGGCUGCAACAUUUUCUCAAAUUCCAUCUUUUCCCAAUCUUUCAGUUCUGUCAUAUUCCCAAAACAUAGAUUAGUGUGGUGAUGUGCCCAUGCAAUAACUGUUAUCCCUCGCUGUGUGUGUGUGUGUGUGUGUGUGUGUGUGUGUGUGUGUGUGUGUGUGUGUGUGUGUGUGUGUGUGUGUGUGUGUGUGUGUGUGUGUGUGUGUGUGUGUGUGUGUGUGUGUGUGAUCAAAAUAAGCAAAUGCAUAAAAAUCCCAACAGCGAAUACAUGUAGAUAUAAGGUCUAGUUUCAGUUCAACAAAUAUUUCAGAAUUUAUUGAAAAUGGGGAACUUGCUGAUCCUUGUUUAGCUAUCCACUACAUUUCCAUUAAAAUGAGGAGGGAGAACAGAAAAAUGCACGAGAAACAUGAACGUCAAUCAUUUCAGUUCUGUAUUGAUUUGAAAACUACUUGUGGUUUGAAUGGGUUUUAUAUAUGUGUGUAUAAUAUAUAUGCAUAUCACUGCAAAGUUAUAGAUUAGAUAACCAGUUUAUGCAGAUUUUCUAAGUUAAGAGCUAUUGGCCAUAUCACUCCUAGACAUGAGUAAACUUUCUAUAUUUAAAUCAAAAUGAAGCUAUGAUAUCAGCCCUUAAUAUGAUGAAAUUAUAUCUCUGAAUAUACCUUCAGGCAAUUUGUUUUGACUAAGAAACAGUUCAUAAAAAGGUUGAAGAAUAAUUAAUAAUUACGCAAGACUUCUCGCCCCAGGCAGGCUUUUCAGAGUAUUUUACACUAAUGAAGAAAUCUCCCAUGCCACCAGGACUUCAUGACUAACCUUGAUUGACCAUUUCACCCACCAUUUUUGCCCAUGACAAAGUUGUUCGACUUAAAUUGAAAGAUAUAAAAGUACAAUGUGUGUGUUACCUUUCCUAAUGUAGCUUUCAUGUACCCUAGUGUGUUACCAGAACACAACUGUUUUUAACCUGCCAGUGUGAACAAGGAAUGUCCUGGAUCAGUGCCUUUUGACCACAAACCAUGGUAAUCAUCCGCGUGUGUAAAAUGCUUUUCUCUUGAUCGUAGCAGCCAUUUCAUAUGCCUUAAGGCAUCUAUAUGUCGUGAGUUGUAUGAAAACUGUCAUUCACUGCUGGGUUUUUAGUGAUGUACGAUUGUAAUCAAAGCCGAGCUCUUCUGCGUUACAAUCACAGCAGUAAUUGACCUGACAUGAUGACGCUAUUGCCCUGGUGUUUGUUUUUAAUGAGCUUUUUUCGAUUACCCUGUGAAGUAAUCCAAAUCCUGUUAAUAGUUUCUCUCUAAGCAAACCCUGAUUUGGGACAAAACAAUUAUUUAUAUCAGAUGUAGGCCACGUGUACAGCAUGUAGAUUUAACUUAUCUAUGUGGGCACAUCACCACUCCAUCUAUAGCUCACAUCUGUACACAGAAAAAUAAAGAAAGAUUAAGUAAA